GCACCGUUUCAUCACAUUUUUUAGGGAGGGAAUUUAAGGACCUGGAGACCGCCAGACCGGAGUUGCAGACGAGUGAGGUGCUGAAGUGAAGUCGACAACUCCAUCAAUGGAUUCGUCGCAGACGCAGACCACAUCGUUGCAGCGACUUCAAGAUGUGGAAAAGAAAAUAGUUAGGGUUUUGGAGCUGGCAGGAGGAGUGAUGGAUGAGCUGGCCAAUCCCACCGGUCCUCGAAAAGAAUUCAUCAACAACCAUUGCAGUGAGUUCAUGCAUAUGAUCAAGGGCAUCCAGUCCACUCUACGCGAUGAAAUCAAAAGUGCAUGCGAGUACCGUCCAUUUGAGAAGUGUGAUUACAGUUAUAGAAUUUCCAAUGAAAUCUGUUGUAAGAAAUUGGAGCAUGUUCUUUCGCAAUUGGAUGCCAUGAAACAAGCCAUCGAUCAAUAUCAUGAUGCCGUUUGAGGGAUAAGAAGGAGAUGCAUGUCAUAGCUCUUAUUAUAAGUCACUGACCUUUAUUCCUCCUUUCCUCAUGCAACUGCCUUUAUAAAUUUCAGCAGUUAUCUUGGCUUUAUGCAGCUGAUUAUAUUGGAUCCAUAACUUUCUUUUUGGAGAUUGGUUGAGGUCUUUGGAUCCCGAAUAUCGAUAUGAUCAUCAUGUUUCUUUUUUAUAGUUCAUCUAAAACUAACCCCUUGUUCAA